AUGGCAAAGGCAAUCAAAAUAGAACAACUACUGUUGCAAAAUCCAUCGACGUCCGGCGGUGAUAAACCACGACCGCGCACGCCCGCCGCAAGGAAACAUGCGGUCCAUCAUCGUCAGCCAGCGCGUCGCCCCGAAUUGGUGCUGAAGACUUCAUCUACGGCUCUCGUGCCGGCAAGUACGCCCCUGUCUGAACGUUUUUCAUGGGAUUUCGAUCAGGGAGAGUCGAGUUCGGUCCGACGUCGAAAACGAAAAUCUCCCGUCGAGGAUGAAGUGUUUCCGAUCAGGAAGGCCAUGAGGCUACCGCGCUUUUCUGUCAACAUCUUCCACUCUGAGCCGGUCAAUGUGUUUCCUAUUCCCAACGAAGGCGUGGUUCCGCGGAUGGUGAAGUAUUAUUUACAGGUUUGGGCGGAACAGCAUGGUCGAGCACUUGCGUUUGAAGGACAUCCCAAACCGUACCAGUCGCUGGUGUUUCCGUACGCCCUGAACCAUGCGGUACUGUUCGAGGCCAUGGUAGCGCUCAGCCGAGCGUCGUGGCUUUUGCAGGAAGGCAUUCCAUGGUCCAAGGACACCGCACUUGCGCAUCACCGUGCCAAUGCCUUCGCUGCGUUGCGGUUGAGGCUGACAUCUGAAGCGACGUGUGCAGACGACACCACCAUCUGCACUAUUGCGGCACUCACGACAAUUGAUUACAUGCUCGGCGUCCACGAAGGUGCCGAGAAUCACAUCAAAGCCAUGCAACAAAUUCGCAAGAUUCGGACUGAUCUCAAAGGUGACACGCCAUGGCAAUACUUUGUCAUUUCUGCCAUGAAAGCUUACGAUGCCCUGUGGCAGUUUGUCAAAGAUAGAAACGAGGCGACGACCAGCAUGGCCCAGCUUUCGAUCGAAUCACCCAUGCGUAACGAACUACCCCUUUAUCCCUCUCUCCCGUUCAACAUUAAAGUUUGCGAGGCUCUCUCAAAGGUGUCGACGUCGUUUAACGACAUGGCCAUGGCGGGGGAAAUGUCUAUCCAGAUGAUCGAUAUUCUCGCGAACCUAUCUAAAACAGCCAGGGGCGACGGUAGCGCCUCCCCGACCAGCUCACCGCCGAGCUCACCAGGAGGACGGAACUUGCUGAAUACCAUCGCAGAUCUGAGGUGUUUGUCGGUUAUGGCCACCACCUCGAUCGAACACAAGCUCUGCUUCGGGGUGAUUGGGACCUGCUUCACCCUCCACUUCGGAGAUGGGAAGAUUGGUGAAGAGUUCAAUGAGACGCUCCAGGAGCUUGAAGACACACUCAUCGGUAAUGGCAAGCCCCGGCCACAGCAAGAGAAGGCCCAGAAAGGACACCGAGAGUGUCUCAUUUGGGUCGCUAUGGCAGCUGCCGGUGCGCUCGAGCAGUCUGAACUGCUCUCUGCUAUGAGUAUGGUGUUGGAUCAGACAUUGGACAAAUACCCCGAAGAGACGGCCCGGUGGGAGACCCUAGAGGGGGUCCUGAAGAAGUUCUUGUGGAACGAUCUCCUGGCACGGCAUUGGAAACGAUGCUGGGCUAAGGCUGUGCGUCGUCGGUCGAACGCACGAUGA